AUGAGCUUUACAGUAUUGUAUCCAGACGAAGAGAGAUGGAAGAUCAUAAAAAAAGCUGCAUUGGAGAGCGUGAUGAGAGGCAGCACAUUGGAUGAAGAACUAGCACUUUUGCCAAUCGAUCCAGAAGCCCAGAAGGAUUAUCUCAGAGUGAGAAAAAGCUAUUUGAGAGUUGUGAGCCAGAUUGAGAAGGGAGAGGUGUAUGACUUCUACAAGUAUCGCAGGAGAUUCAGGAGAAGAUCUCAUUCGCUGUCUGAAUUCAAUAGAUUUAAAGUCGUCGGGAUUUUGAAAGAAAGCGGAGCUUGUUAUGUAUUUGAAGAUGGAUACUAUAAAGAAGUAAGGAAUAGCAUUGGCUACAAGAGGUGCCCGUUUUGUAAUGAAUACAUUGCUGAUGAGAAGAUAAAUGAUCACUUAAAAGCAAGAUCAUGCAACUCAGAGAUACAAGGGGAGGAAGGAAGCCAUGUAACAGUGAUAUUCGACAAAGGGAUUAAAACAGAGUAUGAAAGCUUAGUGAUAGAUUGCUCAAAUGUUAGGAUGCUCAAGAAAAUCAUCUACGAUAGAACAGGGAUAUCUGUAAGCAAGCAGGAUGUUUAUAGAGGGGAUACACUCCUGAAGAACAGUGAUGCUCUAGGCGGAGAGACAGUUACAGUAAAGCAGAAGAAAAGGACGCAAAGAAAAUGA